CGUCGGACGAAGAUAAUUUUUCAAAUGCCUAUAAUGGCAUUGAUUUUGCCGAGGAAGAAGAGGUUGAAGAUUUUUUCAGUUGUUUCGGUGACGAGGUGUUCUACCGAAGACACAUUUUCUAUCGAUAGCGAUGCUUUUCCGGAUUCUUCUGACUCUUAAUAUGUUAUUGACUCUGAAUUGAUAGUUGACAGGGACAAUGGUGCACAACCUGAUGAAAGUGAUAACGAUGAGGAACAUAACGGGUCGCAUAAUUUUCGUCACUUGCUUGCUUUAUGGGCAGUAACAUGGGGUGUUCAUCAAAACGCAAUUGAUGCAUUGCUAGCCAUAUACCGUUUAUUUCAAUGGGGGAUUAGAUUUACCAAAAACUUGCCGAACCCUUUUGAAAACGCCUCGCAAUGCCAAUGUAAAAUCACUUUCUCCCGGCAAGUAUUACCACCAUGGAAUUUUAAAAGGUCUGGAAUCAUUUUUAAACGUCAUGCCGGCUCGUAGUGCUCUUGAUCAUGUCGACAUUUUUGUUAAUAUUGAUGAUCUCCCCAUUUCCAAAAGCAGCGGUGGUCAGUUUUGGCCAAUUUUAGGGAUCAUAACCAAUGCUAAAUGUAGAAAAGUAUUUCUUAUUGGACUUUACCAUGGUGAUGCCAAACCUGAUUCCACAGAAGAAUACCUUACAGACUUUAUUUUGGAAGCUAAGGUUUUAAGUGAAAGUGGUUUUAUUUUUCAUGGCCGGCGCUUAUUUUUCAGAAUAUCCGCAUUCAUAUGCGACGCGCCUGCGCGUUCGUUCAUUUUGAAUACUAAAGGCCACACAGGUUAUUUUGGUUGUGGGAGAUGUAUCCAACAAGGGGAGUUUGAAGGUAGGGUAGUUUUCUUGAAAAGAAAUUCGGAUCUAAGAACUGAUUAUUCCUUUAGAAAUUGCGUUUAUCAGGAGCAUAACCAUGGUGAUAGUAUUCUUGAGAACCUAGACUACCUUGAUAUGGCGAGGGAUUUCCCAGGUGAUCCAAUGCAUUUAAUUGAUUUGUAG